CUGAACAUUCCACUUCCUCCAAUUGCAAAAAUGGACAUGGACACUAGCAAACUACACUGGGGACAUCAAGAAUACAAUCUUGGAAAGUUUGCUGAAAAAUUCAAGGACUCCUUUCCUAAGAUCAUCAAUGUGACGGUGGGCUUUCUUGGACAACAGGAACUGGACAGUAUCAGCUCAAGCACACACAUCAUGGUCCACUCCCUGCUCUGUCAGCAGAGAGCAGUGUUUGAGAGCAAACAUGGGAAAGUCCUGUCCCUACCUGUCACCAUCUCAACUGUAGGCUUCUACAUAAUCAGAAAUGAUAGACGAGAAGGACCACCAAUCAGUCUUCAGGCUAUUUUGGAGUCCAACCCACUGCCAGUCAUCAUCCAACCAAUAACACCACUUGUCCUGCCGUGGCUGUCAGGAGGUCAUAGGCUGGACACACUGACAAUCACACGCACCUAUGAGGAGCAGCUCUUAAUUGGGUUUCCUUUCAGCAGCAAAGGAAUCCUCUCCAGACACACUCCUCUGGUGCUGCCCAUGUAUAUGAAGGAGGUGCGUAUUGCAUUGGCAGAGGGGUUGGAGGGACUCGAUCAGGGCCAGUUCGAGGACGCCUGUGCUACAUUGGGGGGGCAGAUCGAUGAACUGGGCCUCAGGAACCUUUUCAUCUUUCAAGAUAUCACCAUUUUGAAUAAGCAAGAGUUGAUUGAAAAGGGUCACGAAUACAUGGAGGUGAAGCCAAUCUACAUGAGUCUGAAGAACCAGGGUGAUGAAAUCAACCUUUACCAGCACCUUGACUUUGAGACAACCGAGCCUCCUACUUUACAGAGAAAAGCAGCAAGACCCCCACCUCUACCCCCUAAACCACAAUAUUUACAAAUAGCUAGACACAAACUUCCACCACUUUCUCCAUCAUUGGAGAACAAUUCCCAGUCCUACUCUGGCGGCUCAUGGCACCCACUCUUCUGCUCCUUAGCAGAGGUGCCCUCUAAUCUACGGGACCUGAGUGUGGCACAGGUGUGCUCCUGCCUGCGACUGCUCAACUUGGACCAGUACUGCCAGGCCUUCGAGAGGGAGCAGAUUGACGGGGAUCUGUUGUACACAGUUGAGCCCAGCAUGAUGAGGGAGACCCUGGGUAUGGAGAGCCUGCACGUGGGCAAGCUUCUCCGCUUCCGAGAGGGCUGGAGGCCCUUACUUGGAUCUUCUGGAGCUGAGCAGGUUGGGUAGUAAUGGAUUACCUGUAAUGGGGAUUAUAAUCAGAUUGUAAAAAUUUAAUUGGCAAUCUGGGAUCCAAACAACACUAAAGCGGUCAUAGAAGUGACAUUUUGUACUCUUGUGCUGGAUGGUAAAUUAUUUACAUAUUUUAUGUUAGGCUAAGUACCAUUUACAUUAGUAAUGGCUAAAGUGUCAUUCAGAAUAAAGGCUACUUUUGGAGUAAUUCCUGCUGGGAAGCAAACAUUCAUCCACACAGCAUGAUUAAAAGCACAGGUUUCAGGCCAAUAGCCUUGUCCCGAUGUCCCACCACAUGGCCGGUGGAGUCACAGACGUCAUUGACAUUUUCAUUUCCAUUGUCAAAAUGUGAUUGACUUUCAGUCAUUUCAUUUACCACAACUACAGCAAUAAGAUACAGAAAUAACUACCUACAUGAGGUCCAAGAAAAUAAACAUAACAUACAUUUUAUGUCCAACAAAAAACAUGCAAAACAAAAGAAGGCACAAGGAUCUAAGCUGCACUACAUGACCAAAAGUAUGUGGAUACCCCUUCAAAUUAGUGGACUUGGCUAUUCAUCCACACCCGUUGCUGA